AUGCAACAAGAAGGAAAAAAGAAAUGGCUCUUCGAUCGUGAAUUGAAAUAUAAACAUUUCUUUCCUGUUGAGUUUAUGAAUGACAAGGAAUUUGUUUUGAAUCACAUCAAAAAGUAUGGUUAUGGAUUGGAAUAUGCAUCUACGCAAUUAAAACAAGAUCGAGAUUUUGUGUUGAAAGUGAUUCAACAAAAGCCCAAUGAAUUACGGUAUGCAAGUGAAAACAUUUUUAAUGAUAAAGAAAAGAUAUUGACAAUUGUUAAGCAAUUCCCAGAGGCAGUGGAAUAUGUUCGAUCAGAACUUUUAUAUGACAGGGAAUUUGUUUUGGAAAUGAUUCAACAAUAUAGAUUAGAUUUGUAUGAUGUUCCUUAUGAUCUUACGAAAGAUAGAGAUAUUGUUUUAGCUGCCGUUAAACAAAAUGGAAAAGCAAUUGACGACUGUGGUUAUUUGAAACUAGAUAAGGAAAUAGUAAUAGAGGCGAUUAAACAAAAUAAGACAGCACUUAAAUCCGUAGAAAAAAGUUUAUUGCUAGACCAUGAAUUCAUGUUGAGAGUUGUCCAAACAAUAUUUCCAGAAUUUUCCCAUUUAAAUUCUUUUGAUUAUUCACAAAAAGAAAUCAUGAUGAAACUUGUUCAAUUGCCUGGAAAGUUACUUAAAUUUGCAAGUGAUGAACUCAAGAAUGACCGAGACAUUGUUUUGAAUGCAGUUACUAAUAAUGGUUCCUCACUUGAAUAUGCUUCAAGUGAUUUGAAGAAUGAUCGAGAAAUUGCCUUAAUUGCUGUUCAAAAGGAUGGCUAUGCAUUAGGAUAUGUCUCUGAUAAACUGAAGGGAGAUAAACAACUCGUGUUAAAUGCUGUCAAUCAAUAUGGGUUGUUUCUGUUUGUAGCAUCUGAUGAAUUGAAGAAUGACAAAGAGGUAGUAUUAACUGCAGUCAGAGAAAAGGGUAGAGCUCUUGAAUUUGCAUCUAAUGAAUUGAAGAAUGAUAAAGAGGUGGUAUUAACUGCAGUCACACAAAAUGGGACAGCUCUUGAAUUUGCAUCCGAUGAGUUGAAGAACGACAAAGAGGUAGUAUUGACAGCUGUAAGACAAAAUAAUGAAGCUCUUCAAUAUGCAUCAUAUGAAUUGAGAAACUAUAGAGAAGUAGUAUUGGAGGCUGUUAGACAUUACGGUUCUGCUCUCGGGUAUGCAAGUGAAGUGAUGAAAGGUGACCAAGAAAUCGUACUGGAAGCUAUCAAAAAUGAUGGAUAUCUCGACAGUACUUCUCAAGAACUUUUAUAUGACAAACAAUUCUUGUUACAAGUUGUGAAGUGUGGAUAUAAUCGCAUUCUUAAAGAUGCUCCAGAAACUAUUGCUCAUGACAAAGAAUUUAUAUUACAAGCAAUCAAACUGAAUAGUCUUUCCAUUGUAUCGUCUGGCCAUUAUCAUAUAAUAUCUGAUAAGGAACUCAUGUUAGAAGCAGUGAAGAAUAAUGGACAUGCAUUACAUUAUGCAAGCGAAGAGUUAAAGAAAGAUUCUGAACUUGUGUUGGAAGCACUUAAAUGCAAUGGUUAUGUAUUGAAGUACAGUGACGAAUUAUAUCAAACAAGAAUCCAAUAUUGUUAUCAUGAUGCUUAUUUGGGAAACUCGAUUGAACUUCAAUAA